AUGUCAAAAGCGAAUCAGUUGACAAUGUGCGCAAAUCAAAAUCAAACAAUAUCACUACUGUAUCUCAACAGUAUUUUUACAGUAAAAACAGCAGUCGUUACGAAACCUGAUGGAAAACCACUACCUACGGAUUCUUCCGGAAACUUUGUAACUGAGGAAGGUAUCAUUGUUGAAAAAGAUGAAAAAGGAAGGCCACUAGGCCCCGAUGGACAGGUGCUGCCAACAGACGAAUCCGGAAAUUAUAUUUACCCCGUUCUUGGACCCGACGGAAGUCCACUUCCAACGGAUGAGCACAGGAAACCUAUUCAUACGGUGUUUGGUUCCUAUGGCAGACCCCUGCCGACAGAUGAGUCGGGCCGUCCAAUAGGGAAGGAUGGAGAGCCUAUUCCAACCGAUGAUAAUGGGGUUCCCUUAGACGAGAGUGGACAACCUCUGCCCACCGACAGCAGCGGACAUUAUGUGACUUCCGAGCGCGAAGAACUGCCAAGCAAAGAACUUCCAACUGAUGAAAGUGGAAAUGUCAUCUAUCCUAUCAAAAAAGCAGAUGGAUCCUUGCUGCCGACUGAUGCUUCUGGUAGCUAUAUAACAGAAGAUGGUUCGGUUAUCGAAAGGGAUGAAGAAGGCAGGCCUCUUGGCCCUGACGGUCAAGUUCUAGCUACCGAUGACACUGGAAAUUACAUCUACCCCAUGCUAGGACCAGACGGGAAACCAUUGCCAACAGACGAAUAUCAACGGCCUAUUCAUACAGUAGUCGAUGCCGAUGGCAAACCGCUACCUACCAACGAGUUGGGACGACCACUAGGAAAAAAUGGAGAACCUGUUCCGACAGAUUCAAGCGGCAUCCCCCUAGGCUGGGAUGGGCGACCUCUACCAACCGAUAACAGUGGGCACUUUGUUAUUCCUCUUGAAGAAGCUGUAAGGAAAGGAAUGCCAACAGAUGAGAGCGGUACUGUGAUUUACCCAGUAACAAAGCCUGACGGGUCUCUGCUUCCUACCGAUUCUUCUGGGAACUAUGUCACCGACGAGGGAACUGUCAUUGAGAAGGACAAAGAAGGCAGGCCGCUUGGUCCAGAUGGGCAAGUGUUACCAACAGACGAAUCCGGAAACUACAUAUACCCUGUUCUUGGACCUGAUGGAAGCCCACUUCCAACGGACAAACAUAGAAAACCUAUUUAUCCAGUGCUUGGUUAUGAUGGUAGUCCUUUGCCGACGGAUGAAUCGGGUCGGCCAUUAGGGAAGGAUGGUGAGCCAAUUCCUACAGAUGCUAGCGGCAUUCCCUUAGAUAAGAAAGGAGACCCUAUGUCGACCGACAGCAGUGGAAACUACGUCACAGAGCCCGAGGAAGAGCCAACCAAAGAACUGCCUACUGACGAAACUGGAAAUAUCAUUUAUCCCAUCAAAAAGGCGGAUGGAUCCCUGCUGCCGACUGAUGCUUCUGGCAACUAUGUAACAGAAGACGGGUCAGUGAUUGAACGCGAUGAAGAGGGCAGACCUCUUAGUCCCGACGGUAAAGUGCUGCCCACCGAUGACUCUGGAAAUUACGUAUAUCCUCUGCUAGGGCCGGAUGGAAAACCUCUUCCAACGGACGAGCAUCGACGUCCCAUACAUCAAGUACUCGGCACCGAUGGCAGACCAUUGCCAACAGACGAAUCAGGGCAUCCAUUAGGAGAAGAUGGGAAACCGAUCCCGACUGAUGCAAGCGGAACUCCGUUAGAC